GGUGCCCGUGAGCCGCGGGUCAGGGGCUGCCGAUGACCUUCCCCGCACUAGGUCUGUGUGGGAGCAGGUCAGGGCGAGGCUGCACGUGUUGUGGAAGUUCUUGAGCAGUGAGUCGAGAAGGAAGCACAGCAGCCAUAAGCCACAGCUACUGGACGCCAGGAAUAGACUGAAGGUAUCACUGGACAGCCUGCACUGGAAGUCAUGAUGCCAAAAGGAGGACAAAAUGCCAAUGAAAUGAUUGUCAUUGGAAAAACUAGUGUAUUUUCAUGAAAAUUAACCUGUAUGGGAAAAGAACAAUAGAAAAUGCUAUGGCCACCAACAAGCUUGAAUGUUUGCAUUUUUAUAAAUCUUUAUAUCUUCAAGUCCUUGACACUAAGUGUCAUAAUAUAAGAAAAUACCCAAAUUUUAUAUUUUUUUUGUAAUGAAGUGACACUUGAUACAUACAAAGUGAACUAGUAGAAUAUGAUUUCAAAUAGAACUUCAAUUAUUAAUAUUUCAUAUUUUAUGGAAUAUAUUUUGUUAAACUAUGAAAUACUUAUAAAAGAUUUUAAAAAUAUGAAAAUUAUUUGACAUUAUUGUAUAAUUAAACGUGGAAUGUCUUAUGGUGUCACUCCAAGAACCAUGGAGUCUCUUGGUGUGCCAAACAUGGACAGCAGCGGAGGCUACAUCCGCACCAUUGAGUGGGACAUGAUGAACAAACACAAGUUUUUCCCAUUAUCCAUGUUGAGCUCCUUCUCGGUAAGGUGCAUGCUCUACCCCUUCACUCUCAUAAAGACACGAAUACAGAUACAAAGGCAGUCUGAAGUUUACAAAGGGACCUUUGAUGCAUUCCAGAAGAUAGUAAAAACUGAAGGGAUGGGAGGUUUAUACAAAGGAUUCUGGAUGAGUGCCUUCCAGCUGGUGUCCGGGAUAUUCUACAUCACGACGUAUGAGAAUGUCCGCCACUUCCUGCAGCAGCGAGGGGUCAAAGACUCCAGGGUCAGGGCUCUUGCAGGAGGUGCAUGUGCCUCCUUGGUCGGCCAGACUAUCAUAGUUCCCUUUGAUGUUAUAUCCCAACACAUGAUGGUGCUUGGUCAGGCAGAGGGUUAUGGAAAAUCAAGGAUUGUUGUCAAUCCUCUUAAGAUUGACUAUGUUGGUCGCAAAAAGCCACAGAUUGCACUGGACAUUAUUCGGAAUAUUUACAAGUUGGAUGGUGUCAAAGGGUUUUACAGAGGGUACAUGGCCUCCAUAUGUGCCUAUGUGCCAAACUCAGCUCUGUGGUGGUCAUUUUACCAUUUUUAUCAAGAACAAUUGGCUCACCUCGCACCUGAGGGCACCUCAACCCUUCUUCUGCAAUGUGUGGCAGCUCCCUUAGGAGGUGUCACAACAGUAUUGCUCACUAAUCCCUUGGACAUUGUGCGGGCUCGUUUGCAGGUGCAGAGAGCUGGAAAUUUUGGACACACAUUCAAAAUACUUUGGGCAGAGGAGAAGAUGGGAAUUCUAAGCAAGGGUCUUUCUCCUCGACUUUUCCAGUCAGUCAUCUUCUCAUUCACCAUUAUUCUUGGAUACGAGUCAGUGAAGAGAGUUUCUGUGAGUGAAGAGUACAAGGAUGAAGUGAAAUGGUGAAUAUGACCCUAUUUAGACAGGACUACAAUGUAUGUAUUUAUGAAAGUGGCAAGUUUUGUACUGAUGAAGUAGUCAGGGAUUAGAUGAAAAUUUCGGGUUUAGUGAAUGAUUUUGCAUAAUUAGCUGGGAAAUGUUUGUGGCAAGAAAAGCAAGGAUCAAAUCUGAAGGUGUAUGUUACAGAACAUGGAUUCAGUGUAAAUUAUCCAUGCUUGUUGUUUGUAUAUAUUGUAAGUUUUGAUAUGUAAAAAUUGUGUAUUUCUUGCAGAAUAGUUUUUGUAAUUGACCAGCACAAAUUACCACUUAUUGUGUUACAUGAUGUAUGCUGUCAGUAAACUAUAUUUAUUAUAA